CCCCUCCCGCGGCGCUGCUGGCUAAGCUGCUCCGGUGAGUGAGGGUCUAGGAGUCCGGGUCCGGCCGGGGGAGGGGUGGGAACGCCUCGGACUGCAGGACAGAGCGCCCCGGACCGCCGAGAUCCGGAGCAGGGGCCGCCGCCGGGUCGCCGGAACGGCGGGGAGACCCGGAUCCCGCGAGACUCUUCCGCCCCACUUCCGGGGCCGCCACUUUCACUUUCUUUUCCGUGGAGGCUGCUCCCCUCCCUCUCCUGACUGACAGGGGCCGCUGCGCCGGGGAGGGAGUUGGGCUGAAAUCCCGCGCCCCGGAGGGCGCUUUUCCCCAGCAGGGAAAAGGGGAGGCCCUCCUCGGGGACUCCCAGCGCCGCGGCUGUGCGUCGUCCCUCCACGCAGCCAGGCCUGUCCCGUUUCCUCUGUUGCCCUUUGCGGGCUUGCCUUGGUGCCCCCUUUCAUCUCCCACGCGGGGUCCCGGCCCGUUCCCUACCCCAGGCCCCAUCCCCGGUCCUCGGGUAGUGUGAUGCUACCCGACUGCCACCGGGGACACCGAGGCACAAAGAAGGCUUGGGCCGCGCCAGAGGUCACCGGCCUGGACUGAGUUGCUCGUGGUCGCCCGUCCUCUAGCAAGUGACCGGGAGGUGGCAUUUCCCCGGAGCUGCAGCCCCUGCCUGGGGGGAUGGGCACAACCACGCCAGAUGGACGAGAAGAUCAAGAAAGCUGAGGAGGUGGCCCAGAGACUCACCCGAGCAGUGGCUGGCGGGGAUGAACAGGUGGCUAUGCAGUGUGCCAUAUGGCUGGCAGAGCAACGGGUGCCCCUGAACGUGCAACUGAAGCCUGAGGUCUCCCUGACACAGGAUAUCAGGCUGUGGGUGAGCGUGGAGGAUGCGCAGUUGCACACGGUCACUAUCUGGCUCACGGUGCGGCCUGACAUGACGGUGGCCUCCCUCAAGGACAUGGUGUUCCUGGACUAUGGCUUUCCGCCAACCCUGCAGCAGUGGGUGAUUGGGCAGCGCUUGGCCCGGGACCAGGAGACCCUGCACUCCCACGGGGUGCGGCGGAACGGGGCCAGUGCCUACCUCUAUCUGCUGUCAGCCUGCAACACCUCACUCAACCCUCAGGAGCUGCAGCGGGAGCGGCAGCUGCGGAUGCUGGAGGAUCUGGGCUUCAAGGACCUCACGCUGCAGCCACGGGGCCCCCUGGAACCAGUCCUCCCGAAGCCCGGGGGCCCCCAGGAGCCGGGGCGGGGGCAGAACGACGCCGCGCCAGAGCCCCCGCCGGUGGGCUGGCAGUGCCCUGGCUGCACUUUCAUCAACAAGCCCACGCGGCCCGGCUGCGAGAUGUGCUGCCGGGCGCGGCCCGAGGCCUACCAGGUCCCUGCCUCGUACCAGCCGGACGAGGAGGAGCGAGCGCGUCUGGCCGGUGAGGAGGAGGCGCUGCGCCAGUACCAGCAGCGGAAGCAGCAGCAGCAGGAGGGGAACUACCUACAGCACGUGCAACUGGAUCAGCGGAGCCUGGUGCUGAACACCGAGCCUACCGAGUGUCCCGUAUGCUACUCGGUGCUGGCGCCCGGCGAGGCCGUGGUGCUGCGUGAGUGUCUGCACACCUUCUGCAGGUGCGGCCCUGACCCCACCCCCAGCGAUGUAGUUGCUCACGGCUGCGCAGUACCCAUGGCUGAAAGGGGGUGGGGCGCAGUGCUCUUACAUCUCCUUGGACGCCCACAGAAACCUGCGAGGGAGUGUCUACAGGGCACCAUCCGCAACAGCCAGGAGGCUGAGGUUGCCUGCCCCUUCAUUGACAACACCUACUCAUGCUCGGGCAAGCUGCUGGAGAGGGAGAUCCGGGCGCUCCUGAGCCCUGAGGAUUACCAGCGAUUUCUGGACCUGGGCAUCUCCAUUGCAGAAAACCGCAGUGCCUUCAGCUACCACUGCAAGACCCCGGACUGCAAAGGAUGGUGCUUCUUUGAGGAUGACGUCAACGAGUUCACCUGCCCUGUGUGUUUCCACAUCAACUGCCUGCUUUGCAAGGCCAUCCACGAGCAGAUGAACUGCAAGGAGUACCAAGACGACCUGGCCCUGCGGGCUCAGAACGAUGUGGCUGCCUGGCAGACGACGGAGAUGCUGAGGACCAUGCUGCAGCAGGGCGAGGCCAUGCACUGCCCACAGUGCCAGAUCGUGGUGCAGAAGAAGGAUGGCUGUGACUGGAUCCGCUGCACUGUCUGCCACACCGAGAUCUGCUGGGUCACCAAGGGUCCUCGCUGGGGCCCCGGGGGCCCGGGAGACACCAGCGGGGGCUGCCGCUGCCGGGUGAAUGGGUCUCCUUGCCACCCCAGCUGUCAGAACUGCCACUGAGCUGAGGAUGGCCUGGUCCGCAUGCUGACCCAGUCCCACAUCUGCAAGCUUCUGUGGGACAGGGCUGGUGCUUUGGCUCUGAUUUCUGGCCUGGGAGAUGCCUUUGCGCUUGGCUGAGACAGGGGCCCUGAAGAGGCCAAGGCCUCAGAGCUGUGUGGAUGGACUUGUUUGCUGUGGGCAUUGCAGAGGCCCUGCCUGAGCUGGCCAUUGUCCGCGGCUGUAUCUGCCCCAGUGCCUUUGCCCUUCCUCUGGGGCUUGCCAGCCAGACCUUUCAUCUCCUCUCUGUGGCUCCCAUCUCUGCCUAACCCAGCUUUAAACACAGCCCUGGCCGGAGGCCUUGCUGGAUGGAGCCUCAGAGCCCCGUGUGAGUCCACACUUCCCUCAUCCACCUCCCUCGUCUGCAGGACGCUGAGCACUCACAGCCUCCCACCUCCCCUGUUGGCUUUCUGGGGGUGACUUUUCUCUGGCUUUGCUGUUGGAGGCCUGGGGCUUCUUAGAAUUGCUGCUAAUUCUGCUCAGAGCCAAGAGGGAGACCUGGCAGUUUCUAAAGACAGCCCAGCCGGCCCAGCUUCCGUAUCUCCCUCUUUGCCGCCUGUGUAAACUAAUUAAAAUGGUUUCCCAGGAA